UUCAUGAUAGAGAUCGUCAGAUACAAUUGUUAGCUCAUCAAGUGCGGAAAGCAAAGAGAAUCACAAUAAAGAACGUCAUUCAAGAUAAACACUAAUAUUAUAUACACCCUAAUACUUCUUAAAAAAGAGAGAGAGAGAGAGAAUUUAUACCAUUUACUACUAUUUAUUUAGUCCUCAACUCCUGCAACAGGUAAUGUUUCAUUAUAUGGGAAGCUGAUAUUAUUGCUUCUGUUGCAAUAUAAGAAUCUUAAUAUGCUAAAGCUAAACUAUCUGGAAAAUUAUAUAGUUAAAGAAAGGACAUGCCACUUUACUUCUCAACGACAAAAUUAUAUGGUACUAAGCAAUUGAAAGGACAAAAUAUACAUCCCAACAUGGUUAUGCCAUUUAGGAGCUUAAGAAGAUAUUGACUAGUUGUUUGAGGAAAUUGUGCCUCCAGUGAACAUCUUGGUGCUCAAACAAGGAAAAAAUCAAAGAACUUUUGAAUUGAAUGCAUUCUAAAGAAGUAUUAGCCCAUGUUUUUGUAGUCAAUAGCCGAGAGAUGGGAAAAACACAUAUAAGAAGAACGUGGGAAAUUAGGCUCUAAAACUUGUGCACCAGUCCAGUAUUUCCUGAGUCUAGCUGUUAAAAGUACAUGGCUCCUGGACCAAAUGACAGGCUUGAAAAAGCCACUUCCUCAGCUAGUGUACUUGAUGAAGAGCACCAAGCUGUUGAAAGGACCAGUAGCGAAAAUAAAUCAACAAGACACCCUCGGUGGACCAAGCAAGAAACACUAAUCCUCAUUGAAGGGAAAAAUAUCGCAGAGAGUCAAGGAAGGAAGGGCCGCAGAUCCAGCUCUAUCUUUGUUACAGGUCAGCAUGAACCCAAAUGGGACUCUGUCUCAUCGUACUGCAGAUUGCAUGGGGUGAACAGAGGGCCGGUCCAGUGCCGAAAGCGAUGGAGCAAUCUUGUUAGUGACUUCAAGAAAAUAAGAACAUGGGAGUCACAGGUAAAAGAAGAAGGUGAAUCAUUUUGGAUGAUGAGAAAUGAUUUGAGGCGGGAGAAGAAACUUCCAGGUCACUUUGAUAGACAAGUCUAUGCUGUCCUCAAUGGAAACUCCUAUCAAGCUGUAAUGGGAAUGAGUGUAGAUGGAAGAGAGGCUGAUGGGACAUGUGUAGCAGAUACUGAGGAUGAGGACGAAGAGGAUGUUAACAGGGGGAUAGAAACGGGGGUAGUCUUUGAUAGUGGUACUCAUGCCAGACCAGAAACUCUAAUUUCACAUCUUGAGAAGUGCGCUCAGGGGAAAAUUUUCAGGGGUCCAAACGUACAAGUUGCAAGAGAAAGUCCAAGAAGCAAUUCCCCUACUCCAAUGCCUCUAUCAGAGAAGCAUUGUCAACACUUUCAUCAGGCAUACUCCAACCAAGGUCCAGCAAAAGGAAAACAGCCAGGCCCACAUUUCUGGACAAGAAGAGUCUCUCAGGAGGAUGUGAAGAGAAGAAGACUAUCCUUGGAUAAAUGUGAAGAUUUCAACCUCAGUCAGCACUUGAUCAAGGUUUUGGAAAGAAACAAUCGUGUACUAAAUGCACAACUGGAAACCCAAAGAAUGAACUCACAGUUAGACAGAGAGCAGCAGAAGGCCCACACUGAUAUACUAAGUUCUGCUCUCAGUAAGAUUUGCGAUGCUUUUUCAAGAAUUGCAGAUAAGUUUUGACAAAGGAAGAUAAUACAUGUUCUUUGCAGCACCAGUUUUUACCCCAGCAUUCAACCUAUGGAUAGAGAAUUUAUUAUCCUUGUGUAGUAGCAAUUAGAUUCCUUUACUUCCCUAACAUAUCAAAAGUUGCUCUAGCAUUUUAAUGGUAUUUAAUUCUCUGAUGUAAAAUCCUUGACUACCCAGGUCAUUUCCCAGUAAUGAUUUGAUUUUUUUUUUC